CGACAUUCAUCAUUCCUCCGCUGUGACAUCUUCGGUGUGCAUUAGUCUGUCUGACCCAUCGUUGAAUUAACGCUGGAAGCGACAUUGAGGCAAAAAUGUCUUCUCGUAUGUAUGCAUCCCCCAAGGCUGAUUAUCACGGAGUUCUGAAUGCAAUGACAGACCGACAUCAUUCUUCGUCUUCGAUCCAUGUCUGCUCCACGGCCGGGUGCGAGGCAAGUUCCUCCUCUUGGGACGAAGGGUUAAGCAUGGAAUCUCGAGACACAAGUAUCGACACUCAAGAGACCGACAAAGGCAAAAUGGAACAAAUGGAUGGUCGGACCGACACCGCACCGUCCCAAAUAACGGAGCCAUCCCGAGGUGCACCUCAGACCGCGACGGUUCCAGAUCCUCUGCCACAGAACCAAGACGCUGUUUGCAUUACUACCAGCACCACCCGUGGCCGCUGUAUAACAGCUACUCGAGACUUUCCCAGCCGUCAUCAAAUAAUCGUCGAAAAACCGGCGAUAUCCUGCGUGCACUGGCGACAGCGACGAGGGAAGAAGACGAUUGGCGACGAGUGGGAUAAGCUCACUCCUACCGCGCAAAAGAAACUCCAAAAUACAUUCCCGAAACUGCGUGGUAUCCCGUGCUAUACGCACCCAGACGAGAAAGGACGGAGGCAACUAAAAAAGUUCGUCGAAGAGUACGCGUUUUGGGAUUCGCAGAGCACCCGCGCCCACGUUUACCCACUUGCGUCUCAUAUCAACCACGCUUGCAGCACGCAUGCCAACGCACAGCAGUGGACAGACUCUGGACAUCCCAACCUCAUUACGGUUACGCUUGUAAAAGAUGUCAAGGCAGGAGACGAACUCUUCAUCAACUACAACAAGGGGCGCAUGCCCUUUAGCUGCCCGUUCUGUGGUCGAAGAAGUGGUAAACCGAGAACUGAGAACACAGGCGAUGGGUCUUUCGGAUAGGGCUGCAAGGUCAUAUUGUAUGCAGUUCUGCGGGGCCUGAGGAGACUCUUCCGACAAGGAGAGCCCGUCAAGGGCCAGGAACAAGAGGGACAACACGCCCAGGAGCAUCCACGACC